AGAAAGAAAGAAAGAGAGAGAGAGAGAGAGCAAGCGGGGGAUAGUGAGGGAUAGAGACGGGAGUGAAGGGAGAGGAGGAGUGUCAAGAAAUGAUGGACUUAGUUUCUCCCUCUCGUGCGACUCACAUGGCCUGUGUGGCAGAAGGGUCGGUGUCUGCUCAGAGUUUACUGACUGCUGUGGAACAGACUUGCGCGCUCUGACUGGAUACUGGAGGCUGCCGGCAUUCUACAAUUCUAGAAUUCUGACCCCUGGAGGCUGCUGGCAUUCUACAGUUCUAGAAUUCUGACUCUAGGAGACUGUCAGUGUUGGAGUUCUAGAGUUCUGACUUCUGCAAGCUGCCAGCAUUCUAAAGUUCUGAUUGGGAAUUCGUUGUUCUACUACAGUUCGGACCAGGAAUCCGCUUUCUGACUGAAUAGUGGAGACUGUUGCCAUUCUACAGUUCCAGAGUUCUGAGUCCUGUAGGCCCCUGGUGUUCUAGUGUUCUGAGUGCUGGAGUGUGCCGGUGUCAGAGUUCUGAUCAGGAAUCCACUUUCUUUGACUGUUUUCUGUUUCACCGCUCAGUCACCUGCGGUCCUACAGAGCGGCUGCUGCUUCAUGCCGGAAAGGAUUUUGCGUGUGGAAAUAGUUGAGUGCUAGUGUGUGUGAGUGUGUGUGAGUGUGUGUGUGUGUGUCUGUGUGUGUGUGUGUGUGUGUGUGUGGCUGGACCAAAGCCACAUUGUGAGGAACAAGGAGGGGACACAUAGAGUUCAGUGUCUCCAAAACGAAGAGUUAGAAGAAGACGACGAAAGAAAUCAAUAAAAAAAGAAGAGGAAGAAGAGAGGUGCACUCAUGUGGAGCCCAGGAAGCAUCAACCGGGCGGGGGCCGUGCCCACGUUUCUGAGGACCCCCACGGUGCUCCAGCCGCACCUUGACAUGAAGCCCUUCCUACAGUUCCCCAUGGAGACCGCCCCGCCACACAGCGUCGGCCUCUUCCCCAACUUCAACGCGAUGGACCCAGUGCAGAAGGCGGUGAUCAACCACACCUUUGGCGUCCCAUUGGUCAAAACCAAGCGGCCAAUCAUCUCCUGCAAUGUCUGCCAGAUACGCUUCAACUCUGAGAGCCAAGCAGAGGCCCACUACAAGGGCAACCGUCAUGCCCGGCGGGUGAAGGGCAUCGAGACGUCCAAGAGUCGCCCAGCGGAGGGCGAUAAGCCGUCCCCCGUGCCCACCUCGUCCCCCUCCCCUCCGGGAUCCGCGGCCCCCGCCGCACCAGACUCCGACCCCAGCAAAGCAGAUGAGACCCGGGGUGCCGGUGGGACACAGCUGAAUGGCCCCAUCCUGGUACCAGGCCCCAGCCCCCUGUCUGCAACCCCCUCCCCCGACUCCCCCUGCCCCUCCCUCUGCCCCCCUCUGCCCCCCACCCCCAUCACCACCUCCUCCUCCUCCUCCACAGUACAGCUCCCCACCCCCACCCCUAUGAUCAUCUCCUCCAGCUCCACCUCCUCCACCUCCUCCCCCCCUGGAUGCGGUCCCAGCAACCCGGAGCAGGGUGGGGCCGUGGGGGCCAAUGGGGUGGGGGUAGCCCCAGGAGCUCCGGGAGCCCCGGGGGCCACAGCACCCCCUGCUGCGGGGGCCCCGAACAGCAGUGGCGCCGCCAGCCCCGAGAGUGAGGAGGACAAGGCCAAGAAACUGCUCUACUGCUCACUGUGCAAAGUGGCCGUCAACUCCCUCUCCCAGCUCGAGGCCCACAACAAAGGCACCAAACACAAAACCAUCCUGGAGGCGCGCAGUGGUCUGGGGCCCAUCAAGGCGUACCCUCGCCUGGGGCCCAAGCCCAGCGGGGAGCAGGGGGGCGGACCCGUCGACCCCAACACUCAGGAACGCACUUUCCACUGUGAGAUCUGCAACGUGCGGGUCAACUCUGAACUGCAGCUCAAACAGCACAUAUCAAGUCGAAGGCACCGAGACGGGGUAGCGGGGAAGCCCAACCCUCUCCUCAGCCGACACAAGAAGCACAGGGGAGCAGACCUCACGUCCUCUCUGUCCUUCUCUCAGGACCUCUCCAAAGCUCUGGGCGCCGGCCUGCUGCCCAGCCCCCUGGCGAUGGCUGCUGCCAUGGCGGCGGCGGCCUCCUCCAAUCCCCUGGCUCUGCGGGCCGUCCAAUCAGCAGCGGCCCCUCAGCCGCACCCCCACGCACACCCCCACGCCCACGCGCACCCCCACCACCACCUGCUCCAGGGGCCCCACCUCAGCCACGCCAUCCUGCGGCCGGCCCCGGGGCCCAUACGCACCUCCCACGGCCCCAUUCUCUUCUCCCCGUACUGACGGAGGACCCAUGGAGACCCCUACCUCCUCCUCCCCCCUCCACCCCCAAACU